AUGUCAAAGCAUAUUAAGAGUGCUACAUAUCAAAAGGCCAAGCGUGGACCUACAGCAGAGAUAACAAAGUUUCUCAAAAAAGUGGAUUACAAUACGACCAUAGCUCCUUUCUCACAAGAAGUGUGGGAAGAGGAGAUUUUAUCAUUCUUAUCUCUAAAUCGACUCCCAUUUCACCUUGUUAAGCACCCUAAAUUUCAGAGUCUAAUUCAGAUGGCUCGUAAUUCCCAAUCUACUCCACUUAUUCCCUCUGCGGAUACGAUUCGUCGCCGGCUACAAACUUUAGUUAGUAGUCGGCAAAAGCGUGUGCUUAAGCUACUUCCAGCUAGCUCAAAGAUUUCUAUCGCCCUUGAUUACUAG